AGAGGAAAAACCCUUCUUCUCCAACACGAAAGCACAUCAUAAAUCACACAAUCUCCUCUUUCUCUCUCUCUCUCUGCAGAAGCAGCACUCGUCGCAUUGAAGCAAAUCGCAUACUAAUUCGAUCAAUCUCAAAGUUCCAAUCCGAGCAAAAUGUUUCUCACAAGGACUGAGUAUGACAGAGGAGUAAACACUUUCUCCCCCGAAGGCAGGUUGUUUCAGGUUGAGUAUGCCAUUGAGGCCAUCAAGCUGGGUUCGACUGCAAUUGGCUUGAAGACGAAAGAAGGUGUUGUGCUUGCUGUGGAGAAGCGUAUCACUUCGCCUUUGCUGGAACCCAGCAGUGUUGAGAAAAUUAUGGAAAUUGAUGACCAUAUAGGAUGUGCCAUGAGUGGACUGAUUGCUGAUGCUCGUACACUUGUUGAACAUGCACGAGUUGAAACUCAGAAUCAUAGGUUCUCCUACGGUGAGCCAAUGACUGUGGAGUCAACAACACAAGCUCUCUGUGAUCUUGCCCUAAGAUUUGGUGAAGGUGAUGAAGAGUCCAUGUCUCGACCAUUUGGGGUAUCUCUCCUAAUUGCUGGUCAUGAUGAGCACGGGCCCAGCUUGUACUACACUGAUCCAUCUGGCACAUUUUGGCAAUGCAAUGCAAAAGCUAUUGGUUCAGGUUCAGAAGGUGCAGACAGCUCUCUUCAAGAGCAAUACAACAAGGACCUGACUCUUCAAGAAGCUGAGACAAUUGCUCUGUCUAUCCUUAAGCAAGUUAUGGAAGAAAAGGUGACACCCAACAAUGUCGAUAUCGCAAAGGUUUCUCCAACAUAUCAUCUGUAUACCCCUGCUGAGGUGGAGGCCGUCAUUGCUCGCCUAUAAGUUCUCAUGUUUCUCUGAUUAAAUCUGUUUCCUGUUACUGCUGUAUGUGUUAAGUUUACAGAAAAGGAUUUUCGGAUUUGUUUCUGGUUUGGUGUUCCUAACCAGUGAAAUCAUGCGGCAGUGCAGUACAAUGCUAAACAUAUUCCAUGGAUAUUAUCAUCAAACUUCGAUGAGCAGAUGCCAUCCUGUGCGCCUCUAAUGAAAGAUUUCAUGUGAACUCGAGAAAA